AUGAGGGUUCCGGUGGCCUUGGUGGCCUCCUUCUUCCUGAGCAUCCAGGCCCAGCAAGAGUGGACCUAUUCAGGGCCUGGGCUAGUGGAGAGCGACUGGCCGAAGGACUACCCUGACUGCGGAGGGCAGAAGCAGUCGCCCAUCAAUCUGCAGGCAAGGCUGGUGAGGUUCAACCGGUCCUUGAAGCCGCUGACCCUGAAGGGCUACGAGGAUGACAAUCUGGAGUUCUCCAUGACUAACAAUGGCCACACAGUGCAGAUAGCCCUGCCUCCCACCAUGCAGAUAACAGACUCUGAGGGCACCGUGUUCAGGGCAAUACAGAUGCACUUGCACUGGGGCGGCGGCUUCUUUGAGCUCAGCGGCUCUGAGCACACCAUCGAUGGGAUCAGGCGUGUGAUAGAGGCUCACUUUGUUCACUUCAACUCCAAGUACGGGAGCUAUGAUGAAGCCAGGAAUCAGUCCGAUGGGUUGGCUGUGGUUGCGGUCUUAAUGGAGAUCGAUGAGUAUGCGGAAAACACCAACUACAGCCCCAUCAUUUCUGAGUUGCUCAACAUCCAGUAUCCAGGAGAAAUCACGACUCUGACAAACAUUAACAUUCAGGACUUGUUCCCUGGAGACACGCGACACUACUUCGUCUACAAAGGCUCACUCACCACCCCUCCCUGCACAGAGAAUGUCAAGUGGUUCGUGUUUCAAGAUUCCGUCAAGCUCUCUAAGGCCCAGGUAUUGAAGCUGGAGAAUACUAUUAAGAAUAAGAACAAUGAGACCCUUCAUAAUAUCUACCGUCAGACCCAGCCCCUCAACCAGAGAGUAGUGGAAGCCAAUUUCCCACAAUUUACUGAUAAGUUCCACGGUUCCCAUUGGCAUAAAAAAGGGACUGAUGAGAAGCUCUCAUACUUGAAGAGAAAGCGCGUUUAA